GUCUGAGCAAUGGAACCGAAGCGCAAAAUCAAAGUGAUCUUGAAAUGAGAAUGAGUGUAUUAUAAUUAGAGUUACGGUACGUUCAAGUCCAUACCUUUCCUCAUUUUAUGACAUUUUUUUAGUUGGUGCGGUCUGGUUUACGGUUAUCUUUCAUUAUUGCAGUGUAUUAGGACAGACAAGGGUUUGAUCAUUACACUCUUAAUCAUAUCACGCACAUAAGUAAACUUAAGACAAAAAACUGUAAUAAACUGUUUUCAGUUUCCACCGAGUUAAGCAGAUAUAUAAAUAUUUCUUCCACUUGCAUGUUUAAAUGCUCAUGUUUUGUAGAAAUUUUGACAGAGAUGUGUUAUUUUAACUUAGAACUAAUAUAAGGGGUUUCCCUCAUAAAGCAAAAGCCUAGAAUCAAUAAAAUCCUCAAUAUAAGCUGCAAAAACAAACAAGGCAACUAGAGAAAUAAUUUCUAUAGGGUUGUUUUGAAUUUUUUUUUACUCUAUUUUUCUUUUUUAUUGCAGAAAAGAUUCCCAAUGAGUGCUAUUAUUGAAUGUUAAAACUCUGAAACUGUUACACAUGCACAGGAUAAGAACAGCAAAGAGAUUAAUUAUCAAAACUGGUUUGGGCUUGACAAAAUAUAACCUGGAAGUAGAAUGCAGCAUUAUUUUCCUUCAAAACACAUUACUCAAAAACAGCUAUAAAACUCAAUCUUUUUCUGUAACAGGUCCAAACAAACUAAUUUAAAUUUUGUUUUUGGAAUCACCAUUACUGUUGUUGUAUUAAAUUGUGUUUGUUUUGCUGAAGAAAUGCCUAAUAAACAGUCAGCUAAUUUUAAAUGAAGAAACUGUUUUAACUGUUUAAAUGCAUUUUAAGCACAAUGCUUACUGUGUGUCUGAUCUCUAUACCCUGAAAAUUUGACCCAAACUUGUGAGAAUUAUAUGGUUAUUUUGCCAGCAAGAGAUCACGUUUUAGCAUUUUUAGGUAGACCUUUGGACAUGUGGAGCUCUGCUUUAUUUGUUUGUCUACAUCAAGGUGUCAGAGGUUUAGGUGGGGUCAUGAGGGGUCGACACUAUCAUCCUGGACGAGCUGCAAGGAAAAGAAGGCGUAAACAAGAAAGCAUCAUCCAGUCAGUGUCUCUGUCUCACCAGCCACAGUAUGUGAGGCUCAUGAAGUUCCUUUACCAGAGAGGCUUCUCAUCAACACUGCUACAACCAGCACUGUUUACUGACACAGGUAGAGGACUGCAAGUUCUUAAGACCAUUAAGCCUGGCAGUCUGCUAAUUUCUCUGCCACAGUCCUGUUUGCUCACAACAACAACUGUCCUGGAUAGCUACCUGGGACAGUAUAUCAAGAGCUGGAAGCCCCGCCUCUCCCCCCUCCUGGUGCUCUGUGUCUUCCUGAUUUGUGAGCGCCAUCGUGGGGAAGCGUCAGAUUGGUUCCCCUACAUCGACGUGCUCCCUACCUCUUACACCUGCCCCGUGUACUUCACAGAGGAUGUUAUGGCUGUUCUACCUGACAGUGUGAGGAGACGGGCUGUGGAGCAGAGGGAGGCAGUCAGAGAAAUCCAUGCCUUGAAUCAAGAAUUUUUCAGAUCCCUGCAGCCAAUCCUGAGUCAGCCUGUUGAGGAGAUGCUGACAUAUGAAGCAAUGAGGUGGGCAUGGUGCAGUGUCAACACACGCUCUGUCUUCAUGUCCCACCCAUCCAGCCCCUUCCUGUCUGGACAGGAUGUUUAUGCUUUAGCCCCUUUUCUCGACCUGCUGAACCACCGUCCUGACAUCCAGGUUGAAGCCAGUUACAAUGACAAGACAAGGUGUUAUGAAAUCAGGAGCAUUUCUGGGACACUAAAGUACCAGCAAGCCUUCAUUAACUAUGGUUCCCAUGAUAACCAGCGCCUCAUGCUGGAGUAUGGAUUUGUUGCUUCAGGGAACCCUCACAGCGUGGUCUAUGUGGAUACAGAUCUCCUCUGUGAUGUUUUAAGAGGUGACAGGAGUUUGGAUCAGAAGAUCAAGUUCCUCAUGGAAAACAAUUUCCUUCAUAAUCUCACUGUAUCCAGUGAAGGGCCGAGUUGGAGGCUGAUGACAGCUCUCAGACUGUUGUCUCUGCCACAAAAUCUAUAUCACCAGUGGAGGGCAGUGUUGCUCGGCCAGGCGGUGUGUGAAGACAGAGAGGAAUGGAGCAUCCAGACAGCUAUAACUCUCUGUCAGCAUCUGCUACAAGACACACAUACGGCUCUUGACAAGAUCUCCUUCCUCCUCAAGCAGCGUGACCUGUCAAACAGGGAGCAAGUGGAGGUGGUACAGGCUCUGCGACAGGAGGAGAGGUGCAUCUUGGGUAGCUGUCUCGAGGCACUUGAAAGCAUGCAGAGACAACCAGACGGACUGUUACUACGUCAAUCUGACGUUGACACUGGGAGCUGACAUCUGAUUAGUAAUCUAUCCUACACUGGAUAGAAGGAAUGAGGUUACUGACUGAACUUGUGAUGCUGGAAAGUCUCCAUGUUUCUGUUCAAUUUAUGGACAAGCAUGGCUGUAAAAAGCAGCAGGGUAUCAUGACAGUGUCACAGGUUUGACCUCAGUCAUUCUGAUGAGGAUCUGUCCUGUUAUCUGCCAAGUCAGAGGAAGAAGAAGAAGGAGGUAUACCCUCUGAGUCCCUCAGUUAUUACACGGUUUCUAAAAAUGCUCCACACACAGAGGCUGAAAACCAUGCACAUGCACAAACAAUAGAGAGAUGUCAAAGUGAGGGGAUAUAGUAACAAAAGUUUGGGGGUUUGGUACUUGGCUCAGUAAGUGAGCUGGCAGCUCUCCAGACCAAUUUUCAGAAUUGGUUUGACUGGGACAUGAAAUAAACCCUCUGGUUCUCAUCCCAAGUUUUCACAAACACAACCACUGCUGCCUCUUUCAUUCAGUUCAAGAUGCUUCAGUGGUCCAAAGUCCUGUUUUCAGAUGAAAGUAAAUUAUGAAUUUAAUUUGGAACUCAGGGUCCCAGAGCCUGGAGGAAGAUCAGAGAGGCAGAGAAUCCAGUGUGCUUUAAGUCCAGUGUUUUCAGGAUUCAGUCAGUGAUGGUUUGGGGUGCUAUAUCAUUUGCUGCUGUUGGUCCACUGUGCUUUAUCAAGUCCAGCGUAAACGCUGUCAGCCAUCUACUCGUAGAUAUUAGAGUUCUUCAUGCUUUCAUUUGCUGAGAAGCUUUAUGGAGAUACUGAUUUCCUUUUCCAGCAAGACUUGGCACCCCACAGGGAAGCUAAAACUACCAGAAACUGGUUUACAGACCAUGGUUUUUAACAAAGCAUGGUGUGCAGCAAAAAGAGGUUCCAUCAUCUUCCAUAGCACAGAUUAUCAUUUUGAUAUUCAGUAAAUGCCAUGGGUUAAUCCUGCAUGUAUAACUGUACGAGUUAAUGCCAACCAUUUUUAUUCUGAUCUAACAGUAAUGGAGCUGUACAUAAUGCAUCUAAUAAGAAAGAUAAGAAAAACUAAGUCUAACAAGGCAAUGAUGUACUUGGAUUCAGACAGCAGAUCUGGAAAUUGAAAUACCGAAGCAAGUCAGGUGGGUGCACUGUCAAAUUUGAAUUGUGCCAAGUUUACAAACAACGUGAAAAACUGAAUUUUACUUUUGUAUUUGUAUGAAAUAAAGAGGAC